AUGGACACCCGCGCGCUGCUGGCGCUGGCGGCGGAUGGCGCCGCGACGCACCUGCAGUCCGUCUACGCAGCCGACGCGCGAUCGGUGGCUCCGACGGCCGCGGCGCUAGACGCCCUGCGCGGGCUGAGCGCCGCGCUACCAGAGGACGGGCGCCCCGCUGCCGACGUGACUGAGGAACUGGCGCGCGUCGGCAGCGCUGCGUCGCACGCGUCGCCUGGGGCACGGUACUUCGGCUUCGUCACGGGCGGCACGCUGCCGGCGGCGCUGGCGGCGGACUGGCUCGUGAGCGCCUUCGACCAGAACGCGUGGUGCCCGCCCACCUCACCCUGCGCCACUCACUUUGAGGCGCUGGCGCUGGCGUGGCUGCUCCAGCUACUGCGACUGCCGUCUGAAGCCAGCGCGGCGCUAUGCAGCGGCUGCACGGCGGCGAAUGUCAUUGCGCUAGCCGCAGGGCGCGACGCCGUGCUGCAGGCUGCUGUGGGCUGGGACGCGGCGGCGGACGGGCUGGUCGGCGCGCCGCCCAUCGCGGUGUACGUGGGUGAGGAGUGCCACGGCUCGGUGCUCAAGGCGCUCGGCGUGGUUGGGCUCGGUCGCGGCGCCAAGGGGAAGCGCGUGCGCCUAGAAGCGGAGUUGGAAGCGGAGUUCAUGCACGUGCGCCGGCUGGCCGUCGAUGGGCGCGGCGCAGUGCUGGCGUCGGCGCUGGCGGGCGUUGCUCCGCCGACAGCGCCCGCCCUCGUGGCGCUGCAGGCCGGGCAUGUCAACACGGGCGCCUUCGACGAGCUCGAGGCGGUGAUCGCGUGGGCCCGGUCCGGCGCCACAGGCGGACGCGGCGUGUGGGUGCACAUUGACGGCGCCUUCGGGCUCUGGGCGGCCGCGUCGGCGUCGCCGGAGCGGCGGGCGCUCGUCGCGGGCGCGGCGGACGCCGACUCGCGCCGUACGGCUCGGCUGUCUGUGCCGUACGACUCGGCGCUCGUGGCCGUGCGCGACGGCCGCUGCUUGCACGGCGCCAUGAGCAGCAGCAUGCCCUACCUGGCGGCACCGCCGGCGUCGGAGGCGUCCGCAGGAGCAGGCGGUGGGGGUGGAGGGCGGCGCGGAGGCGUGCCCGACAAGAGGGUGCUCAACGAGCCGCCGCCCUUCAACCAGGCGCUGAUCUCCUUUGGCAGCGACGCGGUCACGGCCGCAGCGGUGGACGCGCUGCAGCGCGGCGGGCGCUGCUGGGCUGGCGCGGCGCCGUAUCACGGUCGCGUUGUGAUGCGGCUGAGCGUGUCCAGUUGGCGCACGACGGAGGCAGAUGUCCGGGAGGCGGCACACGUCAUGUUGGAGUGCGCGGCGGCGGCGGCGGCCGCGGAGGCGGCUCAAGAAUGA